CCUGCUGUGAAAAAAAAAAAAAAAAAAAAAAUCAAAAAGAUUUUCUGUAGUUUCCGUUGUGAUGGAACGUUGCAGACUUUUAAAUCUUUGAUUUUUAAAAUACUGCAAGAGCUUAGCGUACACAUAUAUUUAAAUGUAAGAUGUAACCAUUUCCAUAAUUUACAUAUAUACGUAUAUAGUUAUAUAGGCCUGUUACAUGAUGAGGGAUGUAGGAGAAAUCGUCGGUAGUGGAUUGAACCAAACAGACGGCCUCGAUGUGUCUGAGAUCAUUUCCCUGUGGCACAAGGAAUAUUUAACCAAAUGCUUUGCAAACGAGAGAGUUUGUAUGUCAUUUGGUCUGUGGGUCAUAUCCGCCUUCCUAUGGAUCAUAGCACAUACGAUGCUGAUAUGUCUACAAUGCCAGAAGAAGCCAGUCCACUUUGGAAGCUCUGCGUUCAUCACUAUCUACAGCUUUCUGGGGAACAUGUGCAACGCCCUGGGAGCCCUCUUAGCAAAACAGCUCACUGUACAGGUCUUUACCGGAGCCUACUUGACCGCUGUAGACAUUCUUUACUUCAUCCUCAUUUUCUUUCCUGUCUGUAAAUGGGAGGCUACAACCAGUGGAGGCAGCAGGAAGAAACUCAAGAAGGGGAGGCGGAAGAGGAAUGUGUUUGCCGUCACACUGCCCCUUGUUGUGGGAUCAGGGUACUGCAUCUCAAAAACCACAUUUCAAAGCAAGCCCUUUGAGCACGAGUUUCACGGGACCGGGCGACGCCUGCUAACCACAUUUCUGCAGGAUAACACAGAAAUCCUGGGCUAUGCACUGGGCUUGGUGGCGUUCAUCAUCUGCUGGACGUCUAAGUUUUCUCACAUCUCCAGAGCAUACAAAGUGAGGAUGUUCUCCGCAGUCCUUAUCUGGUCUCAGGUGUUCUCCAUCUUGGCCAGUGUUCUCUAUGCAGCAGCCAUCUUAUUCCACGACAAACAGCUCAAGUACAUCCUGAAAGCGUUGCCGUGGUUACUGAACUCGCUGGGCUGUGCAGCCCUGGACACUGCUAUUCUGCUGCUGCUGUGCUGCACGAAGUCCAGUGCCAGCCAGCAGACAGACCUUGAGAGAAGCAGAGGAGCCGAUACCCAGGCUCUGCUAGCCCAGUCUGUCCUGCGAGUAGGGGAGGAGGAGGAGGAGGAGGAGGAGGAGGAGCUGCAUGUGAAAUCAAACAAAAAAGCAAAAGCGAGACACUGGGAUUCUGACUGGAUACCACUUAAUACACUCCCUAACAACCACUACCUAAACAGAAUGGCUGAGAUUGGACGUUUCAUAGACCUGAGCAUUGAACCAGUGCAGGAGGUUCCAUUUGGAGCAGUAAGGCUCCCAGGGGAGGGAGAGGUUAGCCCCACAGAGAUCUCCAAGGACCCUGAACCGCCAGCUUACCCUCCUCUGAAGGUGAUCCGUGCUGCCCUCUCCUCCUCCUCCGGCAGCGUCUCAGGCAGCCCCUCCAUGACUUCAGAGCUCGAACAAAAUUAUUUGGAAGCUCUAAACAGAGAACAGGCUUUGAUUCUGACCCGGCCAGAUGAUAUGAAAUGUGACCAGUGCUGCCUCCUCCUGCUGUUGAACUGUACCCCAGCUAACACAGCUUGGGACUUUGAAGAUGUGACUGAGGAUUGGAGCAAAGAUAAGAGGCAACAGAACCUGGGUGUGUCCCAGGAGGUCUUCCCCCUCCAGGACUGGGCAAGCCUGCCCUUGGACAACUCUAUCAUCCAAACGGAAUCUGACUUCUGGUUCUGUCAUGGAAAUGUUGAAAUGACAGAGGAGAGAGCUGCUGUCAUCUUGGCGGACUAUGAGAGGGAGAAUCAAAGAAGUGGAAAAUAAAGGGGGGGUGCGGGGGGUUCUAGUUUUAUACAUAAAAAAGACUUCCUGAAUGUGUCCUUCGUGGAGAGAAGAGGACCAAGAUGUAUAAUUUUAGCUUUCAGCUUGUUAGCCAAAUGACUGUGACAAGCCAUUUAAUAGAAGUGCUGGGAGCCCCUAGCUGGCUCACUGAUUUAAAGUGCUUGAGAAUAGGACCACUCUGUUGAUUUAUUCUGGCAACCUGUUUCAUUUAACAGGGACCUAUUAUAUUGGUGACUGGGAGGAACUGGUUUUGACUUCCAAGGAUUUUUUAAUCUUUUGUAAAAAAAAUAAAAAAUAAAAAGGGCUACAGUGGGUUUAAGUGUGAGCUUGUGCACUUUAAAAAACAUAGUUUUGAUGCCUGGGUGGUAUGUAAAGAGAAGCAUGACUCUAACCAAGUCUUAUAUUGGGUGUCCAUAGAGACAAGCACCACUACUGUAGUUGUACUACAGUAAUGGAAAUAAGACGCCUAUUGCAUAGCAGUUUCACCCAUUCCAGGUUUUAAUAUGUACUUGCUUAACCUCAGUGUGUAGGUAACAAGCUCU